AACGAAAAUGGCUGGACAACCGGAAGUGAGCUCGGGCGAAGCAAAUAACGAGCGGACAGAGCAGUACUCUUAGUGUUUGUGAGUUUGUUAUAGCGAACCACAGACAGCUUGAUCAGCUAACAGACAGUAAAAUAAAAGUCCUUUUUGUUUUUUUUUCGGGAAGUUUUAACUCGAAUCUCGAGCUGAGGGUGAAACAUCGCAGGAGAAAAAUUCUUGUCGCACAGCCUGCUGGGUAGUAUGUUAACGAUAGAGCUACGUUGAUUGGAGGUCAUCGGCACGUGGAGAUAGGAAAUAAAGAUAUUAAAGUCAAAAUAAAGACAAAGAGCAUAUUUAGCAAAGAGACGGACACCGGGGUCGAGACGGAAGUCGCUGACGGUCAGAAAAUAAUCAAAAUCGACAUGUCUCUCUCUCUGUCAGCAAAGAGAGACAGGAUCCAGCAACAGGUGGAGGAACUGGAACAGAGUCUGUCUGUAACACACACUGAACUGGAGUUGCUGAGCAGCGAGACAGAUGAUGAUGAUGACACUGAGGAAGAGGCGGGACAGGCUGCAGCAGGUCUGUUGGCUCAGAGAGACAAGAUCCAGAAAGAGAUCCAGAACCUGGAGACUGUCCUGGGACCACACAGUCCAGUCUGUGUGUCAGAUGGUGAUGACAGCAGUGGUGAGGAGAGUGAGCUGGAGCUGUCAGUGGACUCCUGUAUUCAGCUGAAUCUGGUCUACCAGCAGGUGGUCCAGGAGACGCUGGACCAGCUGGAGACACUACUGACACAGAACCAGAGGCAGCAGAAGGAACUGGUGUCGCAGCUGUCUGGAUCAAUCAAAGAGCCUUCCAGAGAGCAGUCCACCCCAUCCUCCUACCAGCAGCCAGUCAGCAUGUUCCUGGGCCGCUUCCUCAAACCAUACUUCAAGGACAAACUGACAGGACUGGGUCCUCCAGCCAAUCAGGAGACAAAGGAGAAGAGUAGCAUGAUGACGGGAUGUCUGAACAACAAGAAACUGAAGAUGAAACGAUGGGAGGGUUGGCAGAAAACUCUGCUGAUCCACUCGGUGGCCAGAGACAGUCUGAGGCGACUGAUCCAGCCAAAACUCUCUAAGGUGGACUUUCUGAGUCAGAAGCUGUCCUCAGCAGAGGAGGCAGAGAGGCAGCAGCUCAGGGAGCAGAUCGACAGUUUGGAGAGAGAAAUCGACUUGCUCAGAGGGAAGAAGGAGGAGGAGCUGAUUGGUGAUCGAUAUGAAGAACAUGAUUGGCAGAAAAUUUCAAAUAUUGAUUUUGAAGGGACCAAGGAUGCGGAUGACAUUUGUUGUUUCUGGCAGAACUUCCUCCACCCGUCCAUCAAUAAGUCUCGGUGGAGUCAGGGGGAGGUGGAGCAGCUGAAGGAGGUCAGCAGGAGGCAUGGAGAGAGACACUGGGAGACAAUCGCCCAGAAGCUUGGGACGGGCAGGACAGCCUUCAUGUGUCUUCAGACAUUCCAGCGUUUCGUCUCAGACUCAUUGAGACGCAGCAUUUGGACUCCGGAUGAAGACGCUCUGCUCAGAGAGCUCAUGGACAAGAUGCGGAUCGGAAACUUCAUCCCCUACACACAGAUUAGUUACUUCAUGGAGGGUCGGGACCCUGCUCAGCUGAUCUACAGGUGGAACCAGGUUUUGGACCCGAGCCUGAAGAAAGGACCGUGGACCAAAGAGGAAGACCAGCUGUUACUGCGAGCUGUGUCUCUUUAUGGCGAGAAGGGUUGGUGGAGGGUCCGGUUGGAGGUGCCUGGACGCACCGACGGUGCCUGCAGAGACAGGUAUGUUGACUGUCUGAGGGCGGGAACAAAGAGAGGAGGGUUUGACAAACAGGAGCAGGAGCUGUUGCUGCAUCUGGUGGAGAAACAUGGAGUUGGUCGCUGGGCCAAGAUUGCUGCUGAGAUACCUCACCGUUACGAUGCUCAGUGUCUGAGGGAAUGGAGGAAAAUGAGCAGGGCUCUCGCUCAGAAAAAUGAAAGAGCUAAGAAACCACCAAAGAGUCGAGAAGGAGGGUUGAACAAGAAUAAGAAGAGAAUUGGAAGGCAAGUGAUGAACGUGAAAGAGGAGAGCAGUGAGGAGGAUGACAUGGUGGUGGAGUACAUGGACAGUGAUGAAGAAAAGAAGAAGAAACCGAAGGAGGAAGUCAAAGUGGAGCAGACUAAGGAGGGGGAGGAGCAGUACACCUUCCCUCCAAUGGAAGAGUGGGUUCCGACAGAUAAAGCACAACAUUUUACCUUCCUGAGCUUUCGUCCAGUGGCAUUGCCUUCUUCCUCUAGUGACGCGCACCAUGAGCAUCCGGUCCGGUCAACCAUCCUGGGGGAGUUUGGAUGCUCUGUGAUUAUUGGGCCUUGUCCCCAGGAGCUGCAGUGGGAGGAACGCCACAGCAGCAGCACAAUGAUGAUGGUGUCACCUGACCAGCUCCGAGCCCACCUGCACCGCGAGGCACGUAAGUUUAAAAACCGCAACUCCCGCCCCAAAGGGAGGUGCCAGACUGGCAAACAGAACCACCCAGGCCGCGCAGCGGACUUGAGUUUGAGCUACGAGCUGCAAGCUGCAGUGACACCAUGGAUUGGCAACCUGCUGAUCCCAGAAAAAUCUAGACUGACGGUGGCAGAUGCCCUGAGGGAGCGAGGAAAGAAGACCAGGCUGUCCUCAACUCCUGUCUUUCUCCUCCUCCUUCAGGCCAUGAACGUGGAUACCAUGGGGUGCAAGGAGAUGAUAGAACAGAGGAGGGACAGGGUACUGAUGCCCCCGGAGGCCUGCCCAGUGUGGAAGACGAAUCCACAGACCGUUGCAGAAAUUCUACAGCAGAGGAAGAUGAGGAACCUGCAGGAUAAUUUGAUCCUGAAGAAGCUUCAGGUGCUGCAGAAACAAGAGGCACAGCAACAGCUGCUGCUGUUCAGACAACAGUUUGUCCGGACACAGCAACCACAGCCUCUUCCUUCUCAGAGUCAUCCUAGCAUGGUUCCUCAGAUGCUUCCUAACAUGCAUCCUGUUUCACUUCCUCAGGCUGUCUUCCUUCCUGUUGUGCAACCUCAGCAGACUGCAUCCAUCCAACUUGUUCCUCCCUCCUCCCUGAGAACAUUCCCUUUAUCUCCACAGAAACCUCCUCCUACAGGAGACGUCACCGCUCAGGGACCUGCAUCUCCUGUGUCACCUGCCAACUCCACCUCAUUCCACCAAGAUGCUUUACCUUUGCCUCAAAAUCUCAAAGUAGCGCUGCCCUCUCCUCCUAGCCAGGCUGUUUUUAUUUGCUCCACACUGGCCAAUCGACACACUGUUCCCUCCACAUCCAGUACCCCUGACACCAGCUCCAGCCGGCUUUGCCCUUCCUCUAGUUCUGCAAGCUCCACCCUGGAUCCACACCGAGGGAGGGAGCAGAGAGACAGUCGAGAAGCUGUCUGUAGCAGUCAAGUGGAUUUUGGUGGGGCAGAUACAGGUGUGGAAAAGGCCAAUGCUGUGCAGGAAGGCGGUGAAGCCAAGAGCCAGACCUCAAACCCUCAGACUAUUGCCCUCCUCCCUCCUCAGCUCUGCAUGCCGUCAAUCCAGCUCCUACCUCAGUCCUCAUCCCUGACCACGCCUCCUAGGGCAUCUCCUGCUUCUCUCCGACUGAACAUCCUUCCUGUCCCUGUGGGGCCCGUCUCAACCCUGGACGCCACACCUUCCUCUUAUGAUGUAUCUGAAACUCAAAACCUCCAUCCAGCCCCACCUCCUUCCCUACCAGGCAGUCGGCACAAUGUAUCCUCUACUUCAAACCUGUCUGGUGCUGUCCCGAGAGAACGUGACUACACCUUCAUUAAUUUUUCCCCCACCCCGAGUCAACAAAGCUCCAACUCAAGUCAUCCAUCUCCAGCCCCCAACCAACCAAGUCCAUCGUACUGUGAAUCUGACUCCAACAAACCCCCCCCACAUCAACCUAGAGGGAGGAAAAGAGGGAGGAGGGAGGAGCAGACGGUAGUGAGCAGUCAGGAUGACCAAUGUGGAGGUGGUACUGGUACAAGUGUGGUCCAGAAAGAAAAGAGGGUUCGGAAGCCCAGUCAGAGGGCCAGAGCUCUGCAGGAAACUCUUCAGGCAAAGGCUGAAGCCAAGAAGAAGAGAGCUACUUCUUCUCCUUGUAAGAAGCGCUCUCGUACAUUGUGCUCCAAAGAGGAAGCUGUCGCUCAGACACAGCAGGUUACUCAGCUCCAAGGGAUGUCUUUACAUUCUGGUCAGUCAAUCUGGGUCAUGACUCCUGAUGGGCUAGUCCAGUUGGCAGAAGCCUCGCCCAAAGGGCUGCAGCUGGUGUUGGUUCCGAGUGCCCCCCUCUCGCCACCACCCAGGAACAUUUCAAACCACCCACCAGCUACUCCCCCUGCACAUCACACAUCCAUCACACCUAAACCGCCCACUGUGUCUGUUCCUAAAAACCUCCCCAAUCAGAAACAACCAUGCCUUUUUCCUGCCCUAUCCACUUGCCCCUCUAACUCCCGCCCCCCAAAAUUUGUCCUGCAUCGUGUCCCAAACCCCAGCUUCCCCCUCCUCUUUUCCUGUCUCCCCCAGCCUACCCCCAAUCUUGUCCCGCAUUAUGAGGACACAGUCAAAGUGGACCCUGACAAGCCCCCUCCCCUCAGGACAGAGGCGCUGCAGUUUGACCCCUCCCUCAUGUUCCUCGAGCCCCAGGAGGUGGUGCGUGAUUGGCUGAGCGGGCGGGGAGGAGUAGUGGUACCUGGAGCAGGUGUGGCGCUGCCCUACCUGCCGCCCUUUGUUAGCAGUCUGAGCACGCUCAGUUUGCUACUUCAGGCCAAGAAGUCUCUGACCAAAUUGUCCCUGCAACUGCUGCGUCGAGGUUCCAGACUCCAACACCCUCAAACUAAGGCCAAAACCAACAGCACUGAGAAGGCCUCCACUCAUUCUCCACCUGACCUGCCAGACUCCACCUCUGACCUCAGACUAGCCAAGGAACAAGCUCCCACUGUCAGCUCUGACCAGGAGAAGGAGGAGGCGGAGCUUGUGACGGUGGUGUGUCAACUGGUGGCGGAACGCUUCUCCAGUAACCCUGCCUACCAGUUGCUGAAGGCCCGUUUCCUGUCCUGCUUCACUGUCCCUGCUUUGCUAGCCACUGUACAGCCAAUCACAGAGAAGACUUUGCCCCGCUCAGCUGAUCACGAAGAGGUGGUAGAGGAGGAGGAGGAGGAGGAAGAAGAAGAAGAUGAGGAGGAAGUUGAAUUGAAGAACAUCAUAGAAAGAGGAAAACGGAGGAGAGCAAUGAGAUCUCUGCUGAUGAGUGACAGGUCAGGAGCUCAAGCCAGUCACUUCUCAGGAAUCACCAGCUCUCCACCCCCCACCAGACGAGACCAGGCCAACGGACACCACGUCACCAGUGGCCAGUAAAAACCACAGAUCUUCAUGUUUAGUUCACAUCAGCUGAAGGAUGAUCUGUGUGCUGUGAAAUUCUCUUUAAACGUGUUUAUUAUUCAUUUAUAUUUGACAGUUUAAUAAAAAGGCAGUUUAACUUUGAAAAAUAAUUUGAAGUUAAAUUGUUUUCACCGGACUGGAGAAAAAACCCAUUAUUCUGCUGAUUUCAGUUUCAUACUUUUUUGUCUUCAGUAUCAAAAAUCAUACAUUGAAGAUCUAGUUUGUGAUCUGGUGCAUUCAAAGACCCUCUGACAUCUGAUUUGUUUUUGAAUCUGAUUUUGAUGUUCUGCCAACAGAGCUUAUAGAGCUGAUCAAAUCUCCAACUGUUCCUGAAUGCACCAACAAGAUUUUUUUUUUAUUCUUUUUAUUAGAAGUCCAAAUAACUACACGUGUUCUAAGGUCUGAGUCUCUGUAGGUUUAGCUCAUAGAAAUAAACUGAACCUUAUUUUGCUGUAAAGAGGACAAUCUGUAUAUUGAUUCAGGGACCUCACUGAGCCUGGAAGUGAUGCAUUUGCA